UUUAAAGAAAUAAAGAACCAGAAGGCUCAACUACGACUAAAAGAAAAUUGGGCGGAAAGAAGGCAAUGGAGGACCCACUGAGGCGCUGGAGCUGCAGAGAGCUGCUUUUGCUCUUCGCGCUGCUGGGGACACUGUGUGAGCCAGGAUCCGGGCAGAUCCACUACUCGGUGCGGGAGGAAACAGACAAGGGCUCCUUCGUGGGCAACAUCGCCCAGGACCUGGGGCUGGAGCCCCCGGAGCUGGCGGAGCGCGGAGUCCGCAUCGUCUCCCGAGGGAGGACGCAGCUUUCUCUGAACCCGCGAAGCGGCAGCUUGAUCACCGCGGGCAGGAUAGACCGGGAGGAGCUCUGCGCUCAGAGCGCGCGGUGUCUGGUGAGUUUUAACAUCUUGGUUGAGAAUAAAAUGAAAAUUUAUGGAGUAGAGGUAGAAAUAAUCGAUAUUAAUGACAACCCCCCGCGAUUCCGGGAUGAGGAAUUAAAAGUAAAAGUUAAUGAAAACGCGCCUGCGGGGACGCGGUUAAUGCUUCCCUUUGCGCGGGACGCGGAUGUGGGUGUGAACUCCCUCCAGACAUACCAGCUCAGCUCCAACCUGCACUUCUCCCUGGACGUGAAAAGCGGAACUGAUGGGCAAAAGUAUCCGGAGCUGGUGUUGGAACGGCUCCUGGACCGCGAGAAAGAGGCGGUUCACGACCUGCUCCUCACCGCUUUAGAUGGCGGAGACCCUGUACUCUCUGGCACCACGCGCAUCCGCGUGAUGGUCCUCGACGCAAAUGACAACGCCCCCCAGUUCACGCGACCCGAGUACCGAGUAAAUAUUCCAGAGAACAUACCUGUGGGCACUCGGCUUCUCACGGUAACUGCCACGGAUCCCGACGAGGGCAUGAACGGAAAAUUGACCUAUUCGUUUCGCAAUGAAGAAGACAAAAUUUCAGAGACUUUUCAUCUUGAUUCCAAUCUGGGGGAAAUCUCAACCAGGCAAUCCCUGGAUUAUGAAGAGUCCAGAUUCUACCUCAUGGAAGUGGUGGCUCAGGAUGGAGGCGCACUUCUUGCUAGUGCCAAGGUGCUGGUCACGGUGCAGGACGUGAAUGACAAUGCCCCGGAGCUGCUCCUCACCUCUCUCACCAGCACAGUCUCCGAAGACUGCCUUCCCGGAACCGUGAUUGCCCUGUUCAGCGUCCAUGAUGGCGAUUCUGGAGAGAACGGCGAGACUGAGUGUUCUAUUUCUAGGAACUUGCCUUUUAAAUUGGAAAAAUCAGUUGAUAAUUACUAUCACCUUUUAACAGCCAUGGCCCUGGACAGAGAAGAAACUUCGGACUAUAACAUCACAGUAACUGUCAUGGACCGUGGAACUCCGUCUCUGUCUACAGAAAACCAUAUUUCCCUGAAAGUAGCAGAUGUCAAUGACAACCCUCCUGCCUUCUCUCGCGCCUCUUACUCGACCUCCAUCCCAGAAAACAACCCCAGGGGUGUUUCCAUCUUUUCUGUGACCGCCAGCGACCCUGACAGUGGCAGCAACGCUCAGAUCACUUACUCCCUGAUGGAAGACGCAUCUCAGGGAGUACCUCUGUCCUCCUAUGUGUCCAUUAACUCUGACACUGGUGUCCUGUACGCCCUGAGAUCCUUUGAUUAUGAGCAGUUGAGAGACCUACAAUUGUGGGUGACAGCCAGUGACAGUGGGACCCCUCCUCUCAGCAGCAACGUGUCACUGAGCCUGUUUGUGCUGGACCAGAAUGACAACGUGCCUGAGAUCCUGUACCCCACUCUUCCUAUUGAUGGUUCCACUGGUGUGGAACUGGCACCCCGCUCUGCAGAGCCUGGCUACCUGGUGACCAAGGUGGUGGCAGUGGACAAAGACUCUGGCCAGAACGCCUGGCUGUCCUACCGCCUGCUCAAGGCCAGCGAGCCCGGGCUGUUUAUGGUGGGGCUGCACACGGGCGAGGUGCGCACAGCGCGGGCCCUGCUGGACAGAGACGCGCUCAAGCAGAGCCUCCUGCUGUCUGUCCAGGAUCAUGGUCAGCCCCCUCUCUCAGCCACCAUCACUCUCACUGUGGCCAUAGCUGACAGCAUCCCUGAUGUAUUGACUGACCUGGGCAGACUCAAGCCUUCAGCUGACCAGGAUGACUCAGGCCUCACGCUGUACCUGGUGGUGGCUGUGGCUGUGGUCUCCUGCGUCUUCCUGGCCUUUGUCAUUGUGCUGCUGGCGCUCAGGCUGCGGCGCUGGCACUCAUCACGCCUGCUCCAGGCUGCAGGUAGCCAUUUGACUGGAGUGCCCACCUCCCACUUCAUGGGCGUGGACGGGGUGCGGGCUUUCCUGCAGACCUAUUCCCAUGAGGUCUCCCUCACUGCGGACUCUCGGAACCUGAUCUUCCCCCAGCCCAACUACGCGGACACGCUCAUCAGCCAGGAGAGCUGCGAGAAAAGCGAGCCUCUUAUGAUAUCUGAUAAGAUAAAUUCAAAUGAAGAACAGGGAAAUGUUCAGGUUAGUUUUUUCUUUCAGUCAGGAUGACUGGAGCAUUUUAUUCAUUUAUUUUCUCAAUCAU